AGUCAGCUGCUGUGGCGAAGGAGGCGAGGGACACCGGAAGUUAAGGAAAGUCGCGUGAGCGAGAAAAUGAGCGGCGACACGAAACCCAACAAUGGUGGGAACGUCGGAGGCGGAUUUAGGGCAAGGAUGGAUCACUAUCUUUACAGUGGGGACAAGAAGCAUGUCAUGGUUGGCUUAGCUCUCAUCACCGUCGUCUUCGGCGUCCCUUGGUACUACAUGAGCAGAGGGACCAAACAGAUGUCUCAUCAAGACUACUUGGAGAAAGCUGAUAAAGCAAGGAGCCAAAGACUCUCAUCUGGCUCUGCUAAGUGAUCUUAUACUGCAUUUUUUUAUGUAGGUUAAUCAAUAAUAUCCCAGUUAGACCACUUAAUAGUCAGCGCUUAAAGGCGUGACAACUUUUUAUUAUAUCUCCUUUUUCUUCCUCCGGCUUUUUAUACGGCAGAGAUGUUCUUCUUUCUUGUCUGUCUUAGUAAUGUGGUCCAUGUAGCAUUUCUCAUUGCUUUGUUUGUUUGCUGCUGAAAUAUGUUGUUCGAGAGUACUGUCCAAAUGUCUACACUACACGUCGAUAUAAAACUUGGAACCUUUGUUGAAGGGGUUCAACUUCUUUCCUUUACCACUU